CCUUCUCUUGUUACAUUCUUACCGCAUAUGUAUAUAUUCAAGCUAUGUCGUUGAGUGGCACAAUAUGUUCAGUAGUUAUAUCGUUAAGAGAAUACUUCAGUGUAAAUAGUAAAGUCAUCAUGAUGCAACUCUUUGGACAGAGCGAGAGUCAGAGUUUCCCAAAGUAAACUCUGUUAGGAACUAUAGUUUUGUAGAAGGCUAUCACCAAGAAGAGUGUAAAUUCAUUCCCUUGACUAAUGCAGCUCUAUAUGGAUCAGGUGAACACUCUUCAUCCCAACAUUCAGCUGACUCACAGAAUGAUAUGAAAUCUGUUUCCAUGGUGGUGUCAGCGCAGCAGCGAAGUAAACAAUUUAUUUGGAAGGAUUUUCAUUGUAGUUGCUGUGCAGAUAAUAAUUUUAUGGGUGAUAUGCGCUAUUGUUUUUCCUGUGAAAGUCAAACAUUAUCGAUGAAUGUUGUUAAUGAUAUGCUUUCAAGUUUACCACUCAAAACAUGGAUGGAGGGAACGCCGUGGUUUUCUUGGAUGUUUGGAUGCCUAGGGACUUUUAUUCAACUGGAGAUAAUUUUAAUACCACAGUUUCAAUUUGCCUUCCUGUUCAAUUAUAUCGUCUUGAUAACUGCUGUAAGCGAAAUGCAGUUUUUGAUCGAUGUUUUAUGUCAGGUGUUGGUGGUUUCAAAGAUACGAUUGGUCUCAGGAUUUCCUCAUGAUUGCAGUAUUCAACUUUGGCAUGUAAAUCUUUUUCUUGAGUCUCCCUGAUGCUAAAAAUACACAUUCACACUAUUCAGCAUAUUACAAUGUUGAAGUGGAAAUUGAAUGAAUAUAACGUGAAUUAAUACUCCAUAAAUGUCACUUGAUAUAAUUUUUAUUGAAGUUUUUAAUUAAGUAUAAUAGAGAAUAAACAGAUGAAUAAAUCGAGGUACACAUAUGUUCACAUUUUAUUAGUAACACAUUAUUGAGCUGUUAGCCUGGAUGGGAUACAUAUUAUUAGAUCCACACAGAAUGUGCAUUUCAUCAAUACGUUUUUUGAAAGGGUCCCAAAAACAUUAUCAUCUCGCGCAAAGAUUUGAACAAAAUUAACGAAGACAACCAAACAAUGUGAAUAAUAAGUGAAUUCACAUUAAUUAUAGAGGAGAUGUGAAAAUAAUCAGUCUCUUGAAAUUAGGCGUUAACAAUAAUUAGACUUUCCUCCUUGACUGUCUCUUCAGACGAGUUUUCCAAUGGUGUACAUUCGAAUUCAAUGAUCUUGCUGACUGUUUAUUUAAUAUCAAAGUCCUUCAUUUUAAUUCUUCUAAAAUCACGUUUUAAUUAAUUUAAAUUGAUAAAGAAUAAUUUUCAUGGAUUUUCUGUGACUUCAAAUGUUUC